UUUUAGGUAUAAAAUGAGAACGUUCUGAUUGUUCGUACGUCAGUCUCGGGCUAUUGGUGUUAGAAGCAGAUCAUCUGUCGAGAUGGUCAAGUUAAUUCUAGUUGUGGCACUUGUGGGCUUCGUUGCCGCUGAUGUCAGCGAAAUUCUUCGUCGGUCGCAUGGACGAUUUGCUGUGCAAUCAGCACACUACGGUGGCCAUCCAAGAUCCAACAACCUCAACCCAACUGAAUCAGAAGACCCCCACCAGUUCGAAACUAUCUUCUACGUGGAGGAUCCCGUUAGCCACGACGUGCAGGCCUUCGAUGUGGUAGAGUCCGGCGAGCCUGCUGCUGUUCCAUUCCAGCUUCAACAGUCACAUGCCGACUACCAAGGACCAUAUCACUACGAAAGACCUAAGCUGGAUAAUGGAUAUUUGGCACCGAUCAUCACCACUCACAGGCCAAACGAUGAAUAUCCAGGACUGGCACCAAUCAUUACCACCCAUAGGCCGAACGACGUCUAUCCGGGUUUGGCGCCCAUAAUUACCACUCACAGACCCAACGAUGAAUAUCCAGGACUGGCACCGAUCAUUACCACCCACAAGCCCAACGGAGACUAUUUGCCACCAUUUGGACCACGUGACUUUGAAGAUGUGGUGGCCAAACGAAGCAUUCGGUUACGAGGAUAGGAAUGUGUACGCAGUUUAAGAAGUUAUGGGUGAUGAAAUCUAGUUGAAUUGGUAUGUAUUCGAUGAAAAGUACAACAUAGAAAACAAUACGAAUUAAAAAUUACUUUUUUCUGCAAAUCUUGGGAAAAGCUUCACCGGAAUUUAAUUUAAUUUGCGUCGCGAUACUCUUCAUCAUAAUAAAUGAUUUUCCAUCUAUCAUCCGUUGUUCUUCGCUUUAAGUUUAGGUUGUACAUUGUAAUAGAAAACGGUCUUUCUGGAUAAAUAAGUGAGCACAUGUACCCGUAACCUGCCCGGAAUGUACAAUAAUGAUCCAUAUCUCAUUCGAAAGAUCUAAAGGUUUCCUUCAGGAUUAUCUCUACGGGCA